GACGGCUCUUCCAAUUUUGUUACUUUUUUAUUAGUCUCUGCUCUUCGGAUAUAAAGAAGGGAAAGGAGACGCACUCUCUCUCUCUCUCUCUCUCUCUCUCUCUCAAAUCUCACCUUCAUCCCCCACAUAGAGAGAGAGGAGAGGGGCGAAGGGCAAUGGCGGGUCUCUUUGACAAGCAAGCAGAACUCUACCUCGACGCUCGCCCAAACUAUCCCAAAGAAUGGUUCUCUCUCCUUGCCGCUCGCACCCUCCACCACUCCCUUGCCUGGGACGUCGGCACCGGCAACGGCCAAGCUGCCGUCAGCGUCGCUGAGCAUUACGAUCAGGUGAUCGGAACAGACAUUAGCGAAAACCAGCUAAAAUAUGCGAUAGCUCAUCCGCGGGUCCGGUACCUUCACACCCCACUCUCCCUCCCCGAGGAUGAUCUCAUAACCCAGAUAGGCGGUGAGAACUCGGUUGAUCUGAUAACGGUGGCCCACGCUGUCCACUGGUUCGACCUCCCGAGCUUCUACGCCACUGCGGCCCGUGCCUUGAGAAAGCCGGGUGGGGUAAUUGCUGUGUGGUGCUACAAUGACAUCAAGGUGGAUGCCACCUUCGAUUCUGUCACGAAGAAGUUCCAUGACACAACUCUGCCUUACUGGAACCCGAAGGUAAGGUACGUGUUCGACGGGUACAAGACACUCCCAUUCCCGUUCGAGAAUGUGGGGCUGGGCUCUGAAGGAGAGCCCUUCAAUCUGGACAUCCCGAAGGAGCUGUCUUUGGAAGGUUUCUUAAGGAUGUUGAGGUCUUGGUCUGCUGUGGUCACAGCGAAGGAACAAGGUGUCGAUUUGUUGCCUGAGAGUAUGGUGAAGGAGUUCGAGACUGCCUGGGGCGGGCGCAGCUUGGUCAGGUCUGUAGUUUACAAGGCUUUCAUGCUUGCCGGUAAAGUCAAGCUGUGAUCGCUGUGCCUCUUGUGUCUUUGCCUCUUCCGUCUGUACGAGUUAUAUACGUCAAAAGAGCACUGAUAUCAAACUAUUGUAUUAAGAAAAUUUUAUCCAUUUAUGAGUCCUUUGUCAGGAGGUGUUGGCACCU